CAGGCAGGUUGUGAACAACAAACACACACUGGGAUCUCUCUCUCUUGCUCCGCUAAUUACAAUAUCUACUAACGAUGUCUAAGUAUAUGGGCUGCAUUUUAGUCGUUCUGAUUAUGCUGGCUUCGUGCAUUUUGAGCAAAGCUGCGCCCUAUCAGGAGCUGGAGCCACGCAAGGGUCAUGUGCCAGUCUACAUACGCCACGGGGACGAGGCUCUCGGCAAUAUACAUCCCGGCCUGGCGGAGGCCUUUAAGGAGGACAGCGCCCAGCCCCUUCGGGCAGAGAACCUUAUCACGGAAGUGUCGACAACCAAUCAACCAGCUGUGGCCGAGGCGGCGAGCCCAAACAGCUCCACAGAAUCGGAUAUAGCCAGUUUUGAUGCGAUUAAAUCGAAGGACGAAUAAUUCAAUUGAAUAAAUUCCGAGUGACUCAAAUGUUUGUCAAA